GAGCGGUUGACAGUUUCGCUUGGUCGCGGUGACAGUUCGGUCGCGGUUACGGUUCGCUACUUUACAACAACCGCAGGUAGAGGCACGCAAGGUUUCGCUCUGUUGUUGGUCGGUCCGGGUCCGGUUACGGGUUGUUGGUUGCUGCUAGCGAGCGUUGCUGCAACAACCGCCACACUUGCUCUCCACACCUGCUGAGCGCGGGCACAACGUCAACAAACGUCACGAGCUAGCAGGCAGGCAAACAAACAAACGCUACAAAAAAAAAACACACACACACACACAGAGCGAAAGGCACACGAUGCCGCGGAAAAACAAACCGCCGGGCAUCAAGCUGAAGCUGGACGGCGAUCUUGGCGCGGGCGGCGGCGGCAGCACGGUGCCGGACAGUGCCGAGGGGGCGACCCCGCGCAACCUGGACAAGCGCGGCACGCUCACGGUCGGCGAGCGGUCGUUCGUGGUCGAGGCGGACCAUCUGCGCAAGCUGGCGGAUCUGGGCCGGGGGGCGUACGGCAUCGUCGAGAAGAUGCUGCACCAGCCGUCCGGCACGGUGAUGGCGGUCAAGCGCAUCACGGUGACGAGCGGGAUGGGGGCGGGCGGCGGCCCGGGCGGUGGCGUCCAGUCGCAGGAGCAGAAGCGCCUGCUGAUGGACCUGGACGUGUCGAUGCGGGCGAGCGACUGUCGCCACACGGUCCAGUUCUACGGGGCGCUGUUCCGCGAGGGCGACGUGUGGAUCUGCAUGGAGGUGAUGGACACGAGCGUGGACAAGUUCUACCCGGUGGUGUACAAGCGCCCCGGGCGCACCAUCCCGGAGUACAUCCUGCGCCAGAUAGCGCUCGCGAUCGUGCGCGCCCUGCACUACCUGCACACCGAGCUGCGCGUCAUCCACCGGGACGUGAAGCCGUCGAACGUGCUGAUGAACCGGCGGGGCGAGGUGAAGAUGUGCGACUUCGGUAUCUCUGGCUACCUGGUGGACUCGGUGGCGAAGACGAUCGACGCGGGCUGCAAACCGUACAUGGCGCCGGAGCGGAUCGAUCCGGGCUCGGGCAGCCGGACCGCCGGCUACGACAUCAAGUCGGACGUCUGGUCGCUCGGCAUCACGAUGGUGGAGAUCGCGACCGGCCGCUUCCCGUACGCGACCUGGCGGACGCCGUUCGAGCAGCUCAAGCAGGUGGUGAAGGACGAUCCGCCCCGGCUGCCUAAGUCGGCCCACCCGGACGCGGACGAGUUCAGCCCGGAGUUUCACGCGUUCACCGUCAGCUGCCUGCAGAAGAAGUACCAGCUGCGGGCGAACUACGAGCAUCUGCUCGCGACCGACUUUCUCGGCCUGUACACCGCCGACGCCGAGCGGGCGGACAACGCGCUGAUGGCGCAGUACGUGUGCGCGAUACUGGACGAGCGGGAUGGUGUGGUGGCGCCGGGCGCCGGCCCCACCGAUGCCGCAGCCGGCUCCGGCGGUGCCGGCGAGCCCGCGAACGACUGACUCGCGUGUAAAUAGCGCACCGACACACCCACAUACAUACAAUCACACACACACACACACACACACGUACACACGCACAUCGUUGGAUUGUUUAAUGUUAUUGUAUUUUUUUUUUGAAAUUAAGGUAAACCAACAUUGAAAAUCGAAGCAAAAAAACAGGAGAAAAGGAAGAAAAAAAUGCCACUCAAACACACCGUAAACACACACACACACUUACAGAAAACGAAGAAAAAUCUGUAGCAAAUGAGCUAGAGAAAUAGAGAGAGAGACAGGGAGAGCGAGAGGAAAAACAGUUUAUUAUACAUAAUUAUGGGGCAGCAGGUAUGCGAGCGGAACGUGUCGCAUGUCUUUUAGCGCGUACAUACACAUAACAUACGCCACACACACACAGAGAGAGACAGACGCAAAGGCUCGAUCAACGUAGCGGCGGAACAACGAUGCGAUGGUUUUGUAAUUGUUACUUAAUUUAAAAUCAAAACAAUUAAGGAAAAGCAAGCAAGAGAAAGGCAGGAGAAUGAAAACGACACACAGAAACGCAACAAACAAGCCUUUAAUAUUAACAAAACAAAUAAACAUACUGUGCCUUUGCGCAUCGAAACAAACAAACAAAAGGGAAUGGAGUGGAGUAAA